AUGAUCUCAAGUGCGGAGAACACUAAACCUUCCGGUUUCAUUCCUCAACAGAACCGUUGGCAACGGUCGGAUGGAGCCAGAAACGGAGAACACACCGAUGCCAAUCGGGAAACUUCCUGUGAACAGCCUGAAGAGCUUCAAAAUGGAGGUCAGAGCGAGAACAGACCGUAAGUUAGCUUUGAUUGUUUGUUAUUGAAAUUUAGUGAUGGGCAACUGCUAAUUGGACUAUAUUUUAGACCACCUGCGUACUAUAGCAACUCCUUCAACAGCUCGAACCAACGUAAUUUGGAUCAACUUGUGAAUGUUCCCACUCUUUACUACGGUGCCUACAGUGAGUCUUGAUACUUUGUUUUUUAAAGAUUUAGGUAUUUACGGUGAAACAAGGCUUUUAUUUAUAAUGUUCUAGUGAAGCAAUGGGUAUUCAAUCUUCGCUGCUUCGCAGCCAGCAUCGGAUAUGAGAUGAAGACUGUGUUUUAUCUCCCCAAAUGCAUUAACAAUGCUCUCCAUCAGAACGCGUUUAUGGAAGGUGUUUCUCUCUUCUAUAACCCACAGAUUCAUGAUCACGUAAGGUUCUGAAACUUUUAUUGUAGAUUAAAAUAGCCACCAAAUAAUUUUUCUUUUCUGAAUUGCACUCUUUUGGUUAUUUAUGUUUGAUUUCAGUUCCCUGGAUGGCCUCUGAACACAGCACCAAUCCAACCGACCAAGUUCUUGCCAGCCGCGCAAGUCAACGCCGAGCUGCCAAUGGCCCACCUCAAGGACAUGUACAACAACAUGCAUGCCAACAUUGCCACUUUGCAUCGCAUCACCAACCCCUACCAUGUGAAGAACACCAACGAUCUGCAGUUGGUCGUUUACUGGAGAGCCGCGCAGAUUUACGACGAACUGGUUCAGCAUACCAGAACUAUUGGGCUGGCCAGAAACUGCCAAGAAUUCGCGAAAAUGGAUGAUUCCGAGAAUGUGGUGAGUUUUGUUUGUCUGCUUAUGGAAAACUAGUAAAACUGCUUAAGGAAAAGUAGUAAAGUUCAGAAAAAAUGAACCCGUUAUUCGAAAUCAGCACCCUCGAAAACCCCUAAAUCCAGUAUUUUUUAAAAAAAUUCAGAAAGUUAUCACUUAACACUACUGCUUAAGGAAAAGUAGUAAAGUUCAGAAAAAAUGAACCCGAAAUUCGAAAUCUGCACCCUCGAAAACCCCUAACGCAAGUCUUUCCCGAAAAAAAUCAAAGAAUUUUCACCCCGGGGUCGCUUUACCCCAUUUUGGGUCGCAAUCGAAGGAUUCCUUUUCAAAACAAUUUUUUUGCACUGUGCAGUAUCACAGUGCACCGUGAAUUUUGCUUAUUUCAUGCACGACGGCGCACUGUGCAGCAUGUCAAGACUUUUUGGACCGCCUAGUACGGUGAUUAUAAAUAUUUGAUUUGUUUUCAGAAGAAGCCGGUCAUCUUCUACCACCGUCUCUUCCCCAUCAUGGUUGCCGAUGAACUCCCAUACAUCCCACCGCCAACUCCGCACUUCUUCGCCAAUCAUUUCCUGCCUUCUUUAGGCUUGAACACUCGACGUCCCAGAAUGCAGACUUAUGUCCAUCCAUCCCAAAUACAGCAGUUUGCAAUGCCUCAGCAAUUCCAGCCGAUUCCUCAGCUCAUCCCCGACCUAGGACCUCAGCAGUUCACUCAGCACCCAAACUUGGCCCCAAAUCACCAAUUUGUGCCUCCACAGAUUCAAGCCGGACCAAUCCCCGUUCAAGUGCAGGAAUUCGCUCCGCAAGGACACCCACAGCCUCCCCAUAACAUGAACUUUGUGCCACAGAACCAGGGACAACCUCAAGUCCCGGAAUUUGUCCCAAGACAUCAUCAACAUGUUCAAGGAAACGGCUUUGUUCAACAACAACUUCCUCGCCAACCGAGUGAAGAACAGACUACACGGGCGUCACCAUACAACGGUGGAUCUAGCUCGGGUACUCCACCGCAAUAUCUGCCUCAACAGGAGCUUGGCAAGGGUAAGUUGUGGGAUGUUGUAGUAGAAGGAAGAAUAAUACAGUGAGGGACCUGAUCCAAUGGCAAAAAACGUCCCAUUUUGCAUCCCGGAAGGGACCAAAAUUACUUCAAACCCUUCCCUUCUCUAAGCUAAAAAACUCCGCUUUGAAAAGCGCGCCCUUUCCUUCAAGGCGGGCUCUGCAAAGCGGGUUUUUUAGCAAGGGAAAGGUUUGGAGACAUUUUGGUCCCUUCCGGGAUGCAAAAUGGGACGUUUUUUGCCAUUGGAUCCGGUCCCUCACUGUACAAUUUUUUUCGGAAACUGUAUUAUUCUUUUUCUUCGUUUGCCCAAUUGUGAAUUUUUAUAGGGGCAAAAGUGUAAGAUCCUAUUUUCAGUGCCUCCAAUGACUCAGCACCAACAGCCCUAUCCACAUUCUCAUCCCAAAUUCGUCAACCACAACUACCAUCAAAACGGUCAUGCUCAGCCGCCGUAUCCUCACUAUGGUCAGUUCAAUCCCUCAAAUGAACAAGCAUAUCAUGAUGAGAACGUUGCUCCAAAUCAACCUCCCCCUCAGUAUCUUCCGACUUGCCAAUAUCCACCAAAUGUUAUACCUCAACAUGCCUCAUUCCCCAUAUCGCAAUCUCCUCAAAACUCCUCAAGCUUGGGCAAUUCUCCGCCUUCAGCCUAUUCUCUGGCUCAAACACCUCCAAACUCUCAGAUCCCUCGAUUGAAUCAGGUCCAACAUGGUCAAUUAUAUUAUCAUCCAGAGCAAUAUCAACAGCCGCUAUGUCAGGCCAUGGAGCAAGUCCGGGUUUAA